UUUCAAUUUCGCCAUAGGAAAUUCUCUCUUCUCUAAUUAUGCAUGUCUGCAUUUUCUAUGAUUUCUCCCUAUGCUGUAUUGAUUUUCUGUUCUCUCAAUCCUUUUGGUCUUUUUCUCAUAUAUGUAUAUAUUUUUUUUUUUGCUUCCUCCGAUUUUUGGAAUUUUCAAGUUCUCUGAUCCGUGACUAACUUUGUGGUUAUCAACUUUGGUUUUUUCUAUUGUCAAUGGAGAAAUCGUUUGAGGGAGGGAUGCGAAUUAUGAUUUUACAUUUUCUGGUCAGUUUAAUUACAAACUUUUGUUUCUUUGUUUUUUGUUAAAUUGGUUUCUGCACUGGCUAACACUCUUGCUAAGUUAUUUUAAGUGUAUUUUCAGCGGGUUAUUAGGGAAAAGCUUCAUUUCUAUGCUUUUUUUGUGGGUUUGAUGUGAAAAUCAGGUUUUUAUAGAUUUAAAAUCGAUCUCUACUUGAUUUUCUCUAGUUGUUCCUUAUUUCUUUAUAUCGCGCUUUCACAUGGUUACGGGCAGAUUUUACUUUUUACUUCCCUUUUUGCCCGUUUGUGAUAAUCUGGGACAGAUGGUGAUGGAGCGGUGGCUUGAAAUAAGCGUGAAGACCUGUGGAAUGGGGUAAUUGUGGUUCAGAGCUUCUCCGUCGGCUCUAGAGAUAAACUACUCUAUCAAAUGAACAACAGGAGAUUGGGUUGAAAAGAAUUGUGUAUCUUGCAUUUAAUUUAAGCGGUUUGAUACAUGAUUGGAAAAAUGGUUGAGGGACCAAAGUUUACUGGACUUAUUGGGGGAAAUAACAACAAUGUUAACAAUUACUAUGAUUUCACUCAAGGAUUUUACCAAAAGCUUGGGGAAGGCACAAACAUGUCCGUUGACAGCUUACAGACAAGUAAUGCCGGAGGUUCUGUCUCAAUGUCUGUGGAUAAUAGUAGUGUAGGAUCCAAUGAUUCCCUAACCCACAUUUUGAGCCACCCUGGCCUAAAGCCUGUGCGCAACAAUUACUCUCUCUCUGUUGGACAAAGUGUACUUCGUCCAGGUAAAGUUACCCAUGAACUUAAUGAUGAUGCGUUACUGCAAGCCCUAAUGGAUGAUAGGUUUCCAACUGAGGGGUUGGCAAAUUAUGAUGAGUGGACCAUUGAUUUGAGGAAACUUAAUAUGGGCGUGGCUUUUGCUCAAGGAGCCUUUGGUAAAUUAUAUAGAGGGACAUAUAAUGGGGAGGAUGUUGCAAUUAAGAUAUUAGAAAGACCUGAGAAUAGCCCCGAGAAGGCACAAGUGAUGGAGCAGCAGUUUCAGCAGGAGGUAACAAUGCUUGCAACAUUGAAACAUGCAAACAUUGUGCGGUUCAUUGGGGCGUGCCGUAAGCCUAUGGUUUGGUGCAUUGUGACUGAAUAUGCCAAGGGGGGUUCAGUUCGGCAGUUUUUGGCAAGAAGGCAGAACCGAGCUGUGCCAUUAAAAUUGGCAGUUAAGCAGGCAUUGGAUGUUGCAAGGGGGAUGGCAUAUGUGCAUGGACUUGGCUUUAUUCACCGGGAUUUAAAGUCAGACAAUCUUUUGAUAUCUGCCGAUAAAUCCAUCAAAAUUGCAGAUUUUGGUGUUGCACGAAUCGAGGUGCAAACUGAGGGGAUGACACCUGAAACAGGGACUUACCGUUGGAUGGCCCCAGAGAUGAUCCAGCAUCGGCCAUACACACAGAAAGUGGAUGUAUAUAGCUUUGGGAUUGUUCUGUGGGAACUGAUCACGGGAUUGCUUCCAUUCCAAAACAUGACAGCAGUGCAGGCAGCAUUUGCUGUUGUGAACAGAAGUGUAAGGCCAGUUAUUCCCAAUGAUUGUCUCCCCGUGCUGAGUGAGAUCAUGACUAGAUGCUGGGACCCCAAUCCUGAAGUCCGUCCUCCCUUCACUGAUGUUGUCAGAAUGCUAGAGAAUGCUGAAACAGAGAUACUGACCAAUGUGCGCAGGGCCCGCUUCAGAUGUUGCAUGACUCAACCAAUGACAAUGGACUGAUGCAGAAUAGAAGAAUGAAGAGAUGGUAAAGAGAAAGAGGAUAUAUAAGUGACUGGAAAGGAUAAACAGGAUCAAGAAUUUUACAUAUAAGUUUGUGUAUCUAUUGGUUUUUUCUUUUUUUUUUUUUCUUUUUUUUUGCCAGAUAUAGAGAAGGUAAUUAUGUAGAUUGAUGGUUUCUGCAUUUUGGUGUCAUUGGACUGGAGUAGCCAUAUGGAAGGUUGUAGCUGUUUAGUCAUAGUGUUAGUGGAGAAGUGAUGGAUGAUCUCCUCGAUGCUAUACAUACAAGAAAUAUAUGGAGCCUUUAUAUAUG